UUUUAUUUAUACAAAUUGCUCCAAUAUCCGAAUAAAAUAAUAUUAACGAAAGCAACUCUGACAACCAAUCUCCGUAUUCAAUCUCCUUGCCCAAUCGGAAUCAGAUCCUCACUCCGUCGUUGAACUUUCCGGCGAGCAACCAGAGAAGUACAGUUUUGUGCUUUGUGUUAACGGACGAGGUGAUGACGGUUGGGGAUGCAGCCUCAUCUUCCGUUAAAACGACGCCGGCUCCUUUGCUCGCUUCCAAUCUCCCCCUCCUCUCCGCCUUCCUUGCUGGCGCCAUCGCCCAGUUUCUCAAGCUCUUUACCACCUGGUAUAAGGAAAGAAAAUGGGAAUCUAAAAGGAUGCUUGAUUCUGGCGGGAUGCCUUCAUCUCACUCUGCAACUGUGACUGCUUUGGCCGUUGCUAUUGCCAUACAGGAUGGAUCCGGAGGACCUGCUUUUGCCAUCGCCCUGGUGUUUGCAUGUAUUGUAAUGUAUGAUGCUGCUGGUGUCAGACUUCAUGCUGGUCGUCAAGCCGAGUUGCUGAAUCAAAUAGUUUGCGAGUUUCCUCCUGAACAUCCUUUGUCCAGUAUUAGACCAUUGCGAGAUUCACUUGGCCACACUCCACUUCAGGUUGUUGCAGGUGCUGUGUUGGGAUGUGUAGUGGCUUAUUUGAUAAGAAAUCAAAAUUAAAGCACGGAAUUUGUACAUCAGGAUCGAUUGAAUACGACAUGUCGUUCAUUGAAAGCACUCGAACCUUAAAAAUUGUAAAGAAAAAAAUGGGUGCUGCUGCUAUAAGGUAAUGGACUGGGUGAUUGUUCUUCCAUCAUAAUCGACACUCAGAUGAAUGCAGAAAUGAAUAUAUUUUUUGGUUUUAGAUCUCCCUAUUGCCAGUGUCCCCCUCAUCCCAUCCACAUUGAAUUUCUUGUUUGGCCUUGUCAUAUAUAUUAUAUAUAAUAUAUACACACUAGUAUUAAUUUAAGUUAAA